AUGACGUUGAGCUUGGAAGCUCCCAUAUCCCUCCCUCCGCAACAAACCCCCAGAAACACAAUAAUGGCGACCCCAAGUUGCUGUCGCGCCAGCCUGUCAAGGCGACCAAUCUCGAUACUAGGUCAAAUACACCCAACAUCCACCCAAACAAGCAGAAUUCUCUCUUCACAAUGCGCCCGCGCAGCAGUCCCCUCCCCAGCAUCACCAUGUAGCAGCACCACCAAAAGACCCCUCCACACCACCCCCAAACCCCAAAUCUCUCUCGCCGAGAUCCUCAAAAAAACCGGCAUAGCCCAGACCACGGGCAGGUCCUACAUGAUCUACCAAGCCACCGAGCAGCUCCACAAAGCCUGCGCCGCCCAGGCAGAGUACACCAUCGACCCCGAAGACAGGAAGGCGUCCAAGCUGAAGCACACUCCCGACGGGGAGGAGAUUGGGAGGAGCGGGGGCGGUGGUGGGGAGGGAGGUUCUGCCAAGGGGGGUGUCUGGCAUGAGGAAAUGGGACUACUACCAACAUUCAGUACAUGGUCCCAGGUCACCAUGCUACACAUGUACCUCCUCGUCAUCCGCUUCCGCGACAUGCCCAAGAUCCAACAAACGACCUUUCAGGACGGGCUUGUAAACCAUUUCUUCUAUGAGGCGGAGGCAAAGAUGGAUCUGGUGCAUAAUCUCACGUCGAGGGUGAUCAGGCAGAAGUAUCUGAAGGAUUUGUUUGUGCAGUGGAGGGGGUUGGUGCUGGCGUAUGAUGAGGCCUUGGCCAAGGAUAGCGAUGCUGUUUUGGCCGGGGCGGUUUGGAGGAAUUUGUACAAGGCUGACGAAAAUGUGGACGUGAGGAGGUUGGCGGCGGUGGUGGGGUAUAUGAGGAGGGGCAUGGCGGAUUUGGCGCAUAAGGGGGAGGAGGAUUUGGUGAUGAAGGGGAAGAGGGUGUUUGAUGAGUGGGGGGGUGUGAAGGCCGAGUUGAGAGGGGUGGACGUGCCGAGUUCGCAGGUGAAGGGGCUGAUGGAUGCGGAGGGGUUGAGCAGUGGUGAGCCGGCUGUGAAGGAAGGGGUGAAGGGGUCGAGGUUUGGUUCUUGAGGGGAAAGAAGGCGGGGGGAGUGUACGAUAUAUGGAAUGUAUUAUAUCCCGACCAACACAGUACAAAAACCGCCAUCGUUAUACGUUCCGUGCCGUGAGCCUAAUCAACCCUCUCCCACAUCUCAAACUCAUACCCCGUCUCGUCGUCUGUCCCCUCCUUUUCCACCUGUCGUCCCCUGGGCACCUCCUCCCCAACCCACUCAUCCAUUUUUCGCUGUUCCACCCUCUGCCAUUCCCCUCCCUCCUUGAGUUCCAACGGGAAAACAGCAUCACACUCCCACUCCCUCUCCACCCUCGUCAACAAAAUCCGCCUCGUCUCUCUCAACCCGAGCGCAGCUUUAUAGAUCUCCGCCCCACCGAUAACAAACACCCUCCCCGCUUCCCCCUUCCCGUCCUCCCCAACCCACUGCAGCGCCUUUUCCAGAGAUCCAGCCCAGAGUGAUUUGUCUUCCCGUUUUUCAACCCCCCCGAUGGAACGACUGACAACAAUAUUUAACCUGUCUGGCAGAGGGCGGAACUUUGCCGGGAUGGAGUCCCAUGUCUUGCGUCCCAUGAUGACGACGUUCUGAACACUGGGGGAAGGGGAGCGUUUGGUGACGCGGGCAAAGUAGGCCAUUUCUUUCUUGAGGGAGGGCCAGGGGAGGGUGCCGGAGAGGCCGAUGCCCAUUUUGGGGGUGGAGGCUAGGAUGAGGGUUAGUUCUCUCAUAUUUUGGCUGUUUUGUAAGAGAAAUGAUAUGUUUAGGGGUUGAGAUUGGGAUGAAUGAAAGGUGGUGGAAUGAAUCAGAUGCACGAGAAACGAGAAAAUGUGGGGCGGGAGAAAAAGGUGUGAAACGGGGUGGUGUGAUUGGCUGGUUAUAUCUUUAAAAUAACAACUUUUCGGGGAGGUUAGGUGAGCGAUAUGGAUGGAUACAAAGUUGAAGAGAUGUGUGUUCUGCAAGACAUCGAGGUGAUUAUGGAGGUUAUGAGCUUUUGUUCAGAGCUUUGACAAGUUGAUUUCCAUGCUUCUUGAAUUUGGUGAUUUGCAUUUUCAGCUGACCCAGGCCAUCAUGCAAAGAUCAACCAUAUGUACAAGUCUGUUGAUACAAUUUUCUAUCUCCCCACCUCACACACCAGCUUAUGGAUUCACGGAAUUCGGCCUAAUAGGCAACAACCUAUCCAUCGCCCUCCCGUCAUCCAACGCCCACCCACCCGUCGUGUCCAACUUGUACGUCACCCCUCCAACCACGAUCUUGGUGAAGCCCUCCCUGCUGAACGACCUCACAAUGCCCGGCCACACCCCCUUGAAAGCCUUCUUGGCGUCCCUGAACGGAGCGGUGAGGAGAUGGUUCAUGGUGUACUCCCUCUCCUUCUUGGCCGCCUCAAUCGCGGCCCUCUGCCUCCUGACCUGCUCAGCCACGCUCAACGGCUCCUCGACCGCAACGCCGAUCCGCUUGUUGUACUCAAACAUGCUGCUCAUCCUGAAGGGCAGCUCAAUCUCGUGAGGCAUGUAGAGCUUCUUCUUUGGCUUCAGAAAGGGGAACAUCCUCUGGGCGGUUACUUCGAUGUACAGGGGACCCUGGCCGGAGGGUUUGGCGGCUGCUUUGACGAGGGAGGAGGAGGAGGAGGAGACGGCGGUGAUGGUCUUGAUGAUGCGGCCGGUGCCCAUGAUGAAGUAGGUUGCCAUGGCGGCCAU